AUGGACGCUCGCCAAGAAGGCAGUUCCCGUGCUGCCUCCAUGGAGCAGCCAGCCUCGGAUAUCGAUUCCAGCCGUUCCUCUUCCUCUUCUUCCUCCUCUUCUUCCUCCUCAUCUUCCUCUUUUUCUUCCUCUUCUUCCUCUUCUUCCUCUUCCUCUUUUUCUUCAUCUUCCUCGUUUUCCUCGUCUUCCUCGUUUUCCUCGUCUUUCUCUUCUGUUUCCGCGUCCUCCUCUGCUCCUUCUGCUUCGAGCCGUUUGGGGAGACAGGCGCAUUUGUUUCCCUCUCUUGAGUACAAAGAAGAAGUGGUGGAGAAGUUGGUCAAGGAAGAUGCGUUAGCUGUUUUGGCAAGAGGCGUAGACGCACAUGGCAUUCUUCUGCUUCUGCUGCGGCGCCUCCAGCGCCCGGAGCCGCCGCGAGCGUCUGCCCCCGAUGCGACUUCGUGUGUACGUACACCUGGAGGGCUGCUCGUCGGAGGUUUGGCUUUUCCGAAGCUGAUUUUCGUCUUGAAUGUUUCCCAGGAAGAGUGCGAGCUUUUGCAGCUGCGGCAACUGCAACUCGAAGAGCAGUUUGCGGAGCGCGAGAGACUUCUCGAAUUUCUGAGAAAGCACAAACAGACGUUCGGAGACGACCGGGUGGACGAGCCUCCAUGUCCCCACCCACCCGCGUCGCGAAUCGAUUCGGGCGCUUCAGUUCUCCCAGCUCCAGGCGCUCCACAUGACUCUUCCGCGACUUCCCCCGCUCCACCUCGCACUUCUUCAACUCCAGUCGAACCUGCCUCUUCUCCACCUUCGAAGUCUGAACUCGCCGUUGCCCCGUUCUCUCCUCUUUCUUCUCUCUCUUCUUCUCCUUUCUCUUCUUCUUCUCUCUCUUCUUCUUCUCUCUCUUCUUCUCUCGCUUCUUCUUCUUCGCUCUCUUCUUCUUCGCUCUCUUCUUCUUCUCGUUCUUCUCUGUCUCCUUCGUUAGUGCUUCGAUAUGUGGGCAGUGGAGCGGCGACCGGCUGCGAAGGGGCGACCUGGGCGCAGCGACAGAAGCUGUACGCGAAGGGUGGCUGCUUCUGUGUUUCCUCUCGCGUGAUGGUCGGCGACCUGCUUUCUGGGAAGCUGCCGCCAGAAGUCAUUGACUGCAUCAUCGUGAUGCAUGCAGAAACCGUCUGCAGGGGCUUCAACGAGGCCUUCAUCGUCCGUCUGUACAGACAGCGGAACCGGCUGGGCGGCCUCAAGGCGAUCUGCGACAACCCCUCUGCGUUCUUCUCCUCCUUCCUCAGCAGGAGACAAAACGUCUCGAUCUUUGGCCUCCUCGAGCGAACGAUGAAGCAACUCUGGAUUCAGAAGGUUCACCUCUUCCCCAGAGACGCCUCCGCCGUCCAACGGAGUCUCGAGGCCGCCGCCGAACCCGAGAGCCUCGAGGUGAUUUUGAGGCCGUCUGCGUCGACUCUGGAGAUUCAGCGAGCAAUCACUUUGCUCCUGCAAUCGGGGCUCGAUUUCUUGAAGAGAGUUCGCCUCCUCAACCUGGAGAAUGUCCAGGACGCAAAUGCGCUGAUCGUCGGUGGCAGAGCUGCAGUCGCUGCCAAGGCCGCUGCUCUUCUCUCUCAGCUCGCUUCGCAGGAGGCUCGACAGGGAGAACAAGAAGGCGAACAAGACAGACACCGCGAAGGGGGACAAGAAGACGGAGACGAGCAGUGGACGCGAAAGCGGAGACGAGAAGAAAGCGGAGAGAGAGGAGAGAGAGGAGAGAGGAGCGUGUCUGGAGAAAGGGAAGGGCCGGACGCCUUUCGUCUCGCAGCGAAGCUGGGGGGCGGUGGCUUUGAAACGUUCGCGGCUUCUGUGAAAGAAAGCGCAGAAGCUGUCUGGCAUAGAUUGGACGCGAAGACUCGACAAUUCGUGGCGGAUCUCGGCGUGCUACGCAACUUGCUCUGGCGCCUCUAUCGACUUGACGCCGUCGCCUUCUUUUCCCUCGUAGACGCGCUGAAAUCGUCCAAGGUGCUCGAUCCCGGGUGGAUGCACACCACAGAAAUGCACAUUCUUCUUCAUCGCGCCCAAAGCAGGGUCUUUAGUCUGCAGCGUAUCCCGCACAGAGACCUGCUGCCGCAGCGAGAGAACGCGAAGCGCGCACGAUACGCUAAGCGGAGAGGCAGCGCUGCGCCGCAGAUGUCGGCUGACGGUGUGGUUUGUCUGGGCUGGGAAGGAGGCUGUGGAGGAGACAGGUCCCGAGACACAGGAGAGCAAGAGGAGGACGCGAGAGACCUUAUUUCUGGCGCCCCUGGGAAAGACGCCGAGCGAGCACCGAGGACAGACACACAGAGGGAACCUUCUCCGUCACGUAGUGCUUCUCCUUCUGCGUCGGCGUCGUCAGCAUGGCUCACUGCCGGAGGAGAGCCUCCGCUGGUGAAGAAGGCAGUUCUGGCGUUCGAGGCCAACGCGAAGUGGAAAUGGCUGAUUGACUUUCUCUGGAACUGCCAAGUCAGUGACGAGAUCUUCGAAAAACUUCUGCGGGAGCAAGAGAAACGCUUCGGAGCGGGACCUGGAGGAAAACGCCGCGGAACGCUUCAGGCGUCGCAUCUUUCCUCUUCGGGGACUGCUGCGCCCUCUUCGAGAGCGACUCUGUCUGCUCCAUCCUCUCGGGGAAGUGAGAGAGAACAAGACGAAGAACAAGAGGAAGAACAAGAGAGAGAACAAGAGAGAGAACAAGAGAGAGAACAAGAGAGAGAACAAGAGAGAGAACAAGAGGUGCCAGAAAGGAGGCGCAGGGGAAGAGGCCAACCGCACGUGCAGGAGACGGAGAAUAAAAAUGCCAACAGUCAUGGAAAGAACUCUUCAAGGAAGCCUCGAACCGAGGCAGAAGGUUUCUCCGAAACGCCGCGAGACAAAUCUGCUGCCUCGUCAAGCGGGGCCGAGUCAGGCGGCGAAGAUGUUUUUUGUGAAGUGGUGGAUGACGACGACACGGAAGACGAAGAAGAAGGAGAAGCCGGAGAAAAGGGAAGUUGGCGGAACCAGCUGGACCUGCUAGAAAAGCAGCGUUCAUCGUCGAGUGAUGUCUCAGAUGCAGAGAUCCUCACGGGUGAAGAAGACGCGAGCGAGACAGACGAAAGAGAUCGCCACACGACUUCUUUUUUCUCUUCUGGGGCCUCUUCUGCCCUCUCCUCUCGCCUCCCUUCCUCUGUCUCUGCCCCCGCUUCCUCUCCAGCUCCGCCGUUUCGUCCUCGGUAUCGUCUUUUGUUUUUGGUGGAAGAUGAAGCAAGUCAUCGGCAGCUGCGUCUCCUCUUCAUGCUCGGGGCGCGUCGUGUGCUGCUCUCUUCUCUCCGUCAGCAUCUCUUUUCUCACUCCUCGCCGCCUGCCAUUCCUCGAGGGCCGCCUCCGGUGCAGCAGAGGCGUAGGGCCAGAGAGGAAGGCGUAACAGCCGCGCCCUGUUCUUUGGGGUCUUCUCUUCAUCGGAACAUCCCUUCUUCCUCUUCUUUUUCCUCUUCCUCUUCUUUUUCCUCUUCCUCUUCGUCCCACUCGUCCUCUCCUUCGUCUUCUUUCUCCUUCACUGCGUUUCCCUCUUCUUCUCACGCGUCGUCUGCAGGUUCGCUUGCUUCUGCGUCUCCUCCUCUGCUUUCGCGUCGCGGUCGAGGAGGCCGGGGAGGACUGGGGGCUGGAGUGGAGAGAGAGAAUGAGAGAAGAGAGAGACAGCGAGGGUGGGGCAGCGAAACAUCCCGUCUGCUGCGAGAGGCUCUGCAAGAGGAAGAAGCGAAAGACUCGAGGCCGUCCGUCACCUGGGCACAAGCCGUCGAAGAGCAGCUGCUCACAGACGAAGUGAUGAGAAAAAAUGUCGCGCGCAGAACUCGGAAACUGCGAGUUCGGCCUACGCCAUUCAUCGUCAGCGCCAGUGCAGGCACCGGAGCUGUGGCCUACGCGCUCCGGCGAAUUCUGCCGCAUGCAAUUGUCCUCGUCGAUCCGCAUCCGUCACUCGUUCGGGAAAUCGAAGUUUUCUGUGCAGAAAGAAAGGCCUUGAGUGAGCUGCUCGCAGAGGUGGCUGCAUGCGCGUCCUCGAACGCCGCGGAGACGGAAGGCGCAGCGAGGGAAGAAGGCGACGAAAAGCAAAAGAAACGCGGAAGAGAGGGAAGCGGGCAGGAGACGCAGAGCAAGAAGAGGAAGGUGGAAGGACAGAGGGAAGCAGGGCCAUCGGCCGACAGUUUCGACGCCAGAGUCACGCAGACUCUCGCGGUGUACACGGAGUCACCACCUGCUUCUCCGUAUGUGUUUUCGGGGACAGAUCUUCGCGUCUUUGUCCUGGUGUUGCAGCAGUCGGCGGAACUCCAGCAGUAUCUUUCCACUGUGCAAGUUGAGCAGACAGCGUGGAGGAUGCUUUCGCAACAGAAGGAGCACCUGCUGGUUGCCGUGGACGACCUCCUCUUCUUCACACCCCUGCUGCCGGCUGCGUCUGCGGGCGGAUCUGAAUGGCAGGGACGGCUGGCCGCGAAACGAGAAGACAUGCGGCGCCUCGCUGCUGAAGACUCGAAGCGAGAUGGUCCUCGCGAUGAGGAUGGCCUGUCUCCAGACCUGGAACUCGCCUCCUCUGCGCCACCCUCCUUGCGCCGCUGCCUGACGACCGCGGAGACAGCCGCGCUCGGGCUCCAGUGGAGACAGCAGUUGCGGGCCAUGGGAGUCGGCAGUCACGGCCUCGACUCCACGCGAAGAGGAGGAGGCAGCGACGCGUUUCUCCAGCAACAGAUUCAGAAAGAAAUGGAGAGACGUCACGGCGAGAAAACAGGCGAGGAUCGUCGAGCCCAGAAGUCCGACGGCCUCGGAGACAGCCUCAGAAGCCUCGCGACGCGAGGAGACUCUUUUCUCUCCUCUGCAGCCUUUGAGCUUCUCCAGCCCAAAGUCGUCGUCGAUAUGAGGGAAAUGCGGUCUUCCCUUCCCUUCGAACUCUUCUGCAAACGGCUGCGCGUCGUCCCCCUAACUUUCGGCGUAGGAGAUUACGUUCUCACAAGGGAAAUCUGUGUGGAGAGGAAGGCGAUCUUCGACUUGUGGCAGUCGCUGCUUUCGGGCCGAUUGUAUCAGCAGGCGCAGUUGCUGUGUCGCUAUUACCGGUGCCCCACACUGUUGAUCGAAUUCGAACGAGGACGACCUUUCUCUCUCGUCGGCUAUCCAGGUCUUCCUCUUGAAGCUGAGAGUCUUCGUGCGCUCGGAAACACAGCUGUUGGAUGCUGCGCUCUUCUUCACAAGCUGUUACUACUUGUUCUGCAUUUUCCUUCCCUCCGUCUCAUAUGGGCUCCUCAUUCGGCCUUCAGUGCGAACAUCUUCAUUGCCCUCAAGACGGGGCGCGAGCAGCCCGACUUGAGUCGCAUUGAAUCGAUUGACCGGCAAUUUCUGCUGGAGGCGGAAGACAGCGACGCGAGUCAGCGAGCGAUGAACAUGCGGCCGCUCUCGUCUUUCCAGAGCACAUUUUCGAUGCUAGGAAGCAAGAAAAGUCGAGUGCGAGCCGAAUCCGAAAGUGACCAGGUUGCCGUAUGCGCCUCGGUAAAGGAACCGCCGUCAUUAGGUGGCGGAAAAGACAGGGAAGACGAUGUCCAUCCAACUUCUCCAGCGAAAAAGACCAGGGAGAGGCAAAAUACGCCCGCUACAGCGGCGCAAAACAAUGUUUGCGUGGAAGACAGCACUGACAACCUAAACAGACGCGCAGCUGCCACUGGCCUGCAGCUUGUGGGUGUACACACACCCGAGCGUAGCCGACCAGAGAGAGGGCCAAGUUCUGGAACAGAAAGCCGCGUUUCCGGCAAAAGUCGGCAGAUGCGACUAGCGGUCUGUCCGGUCGCUGCAACCGAGAAGACACAGACGAAAACAGAUAGCAGUAGCUCCCCUGCAUGCAAAAACAAUAGGAACCCCACUGGCACGAGACUUGCCGUCCAGCCUUUGCAACUGACGGAGGAACAGGAGGCCGCGAAAGUGCGGGAAGACACCGUUGGCGUCCGACCAGCCUCGUCGGCGACAAACACGGCAGCUGUCGAUUUCCUUCGUCGUCUCCCUGGUGUUACGAGCAAAAAUAUCAAUCUGAUUGUCUCUCGGGUCCCUAACCUUGCAGAUCUCGCAGCUAUGUCGGAGAAGGAAAUGAUUGAUUUGUUGGGCGCGGACGACGGCCAUCACCUGCACUCUUUUCUGAACGCACCAAUCGAGUUCGACUGA